AUGAAGGCCGUUUUGCUAAACGAAAUUCUUCGCGAUGCCCUUUCGCUGUCUACGGAGGCCAGUGUCCGACUGACACUCAACACGCUGCCGUCUACUUUUGCCAGCUCGUGGAUAAAGGAGACACUUUCAUUAAUCGUGGCGUUGACAGAGGCUGUGGCUCCAAUCAUAUUUUCGCGAAUGUCUGCUGAGCCGGAUAAACCGCACCCCACCGUGACUCCUCUCAUGCUAUUGCAAUCUUCCGUCGUCCUGGAAAAAUUGGCCGGACUUAUUAUCCGACUUGUAAAGCAGUCUUAA